AUGUAUCAUGUCGUAAUAACCUCUGGCCUUUUCCCAUCUCUUGUUAUAAAUUCAAACUUGGGCAUUCUCAACCCUAGAAAAAAGCCCUGCGACUUGGAUAACAGAUCUACAACAUCCGAACCGUUCAUGACCCUCGAAACUUCGGCGGCAACGCCCGCGUUAGUCACCUUUCCAUCGCUGUCCAGUAUAAAAGUCUUCUUUGAUCCGAAACCCCAUUUAUCGUACAACGAGAAUUUGCCUGUUGGCCCCAAUACAAAAUCCGCCAACGCCGUCCAAGACCAUGUGCCCGUAGUACUCCAGUAA